GCCGAGAACCAGUUCAAUGUUCAAUCUCAAUACAAGUAAGUGUAAGUAGACGUGGUAUAUUUUUCUUCGCUAGUGGGUACUAGAACAAACUUUAUGCAUAUAUUUUCCAUACCGGUCCAGGUCGUGUAGGGCUGAGUUCCUUCGAACCAAUAGGCCUUCCCUUUCGGGUUUUCUGGGGGCAAUCUCAAGGUGUUGCAGUAAUCCUCGUGCACCAGGCUGCCUUGGAUUACGCAAGGUGGAAAAUGCAUCAAGGCUUUUUUACUCACAAUCAUACUUCCAGUCGAAAGAACAAAAUUUACUGUCAUAUUCAGGAGGUGGUCGGUGGUCGUUCCCUGAGGUUCGGCACUCGCUUUCACCCGCACCUCGUGCCCAACACGAAAAUUGUGGAGCGGACAUCGCGUACAAGCUAAGAGGCUGAAUUAUACUCCUUCCGUAAGACCGAACUGCAUUCCUGCUGCCUUCGAGCUUACGGAAGUCCACGAUGGACAUUCCUACCCGCACUUCAGGAGUCUUUCAGACCGAGUCGCUUAUUGGUCCCUUUACGAUAUUCUCGCAGAUUGGAGCUUUUCCGCCCAAGUUAAGAAUGUAUAAACUGGUUUAAGACUUGGAUCUUC